UAUUUGUGACAUUUAGGGUAUACAUUUUCUUCUGUUAAAAUUAACUUAGAAAAUCGUUAUUUUUUGAUAAUGUUGUUUAUUAAUUCUUAACGUACCGAUGUGUAACGUAAAUGAAUUCUGUGUUAAGAAAAUAAUUAAAAAAAAGCUUUUAGACUUUUGUUAAACUUAUUUAAGCAUGAAUAUUAUGGAAUAAUUAAAUUUAUGCUUAAAUGCUUCUUAAUUUAUCAUUAAAUUUUAUCCAGGCUAGGGUUUGUGAGAAAUAAAAUUGAAGCUCCAUUUAGCUAAUUUGUCUCAAUUUAAAUUUAAACCAUAUGUUAAAAAAAUGAAAAUCAAGAAGGGUGACAUGUGAUUACAUUCAUUACAUCAGGAGCAAGUUUAUAAACUGGCAUGACUAAAUUUUAAGUCCUCAAGAACAUUAAAAUUCCAAUAAUUCCUAAACCACCAAAAUGAUAACACGAACGGUCAAACAAAUGGUCCAGAGCUCGCCUAAGUUCGUGCAGGGCGCGAAGGGCGUCUGCGGCUCGAUGGCCAGUGGAAGGCGCUUCAUCUCGACAGGCGAAGCCAAAUAUUCCGACGACAAAUUCAGCAGCAAGUGCGACACUGGAAAGUGCUCCAGGCUGAACAUGGACAUCAAAGGCAUCCUGGACAGGCCCGAGUCCAACUACCUUCAGCCUUCGAAGACCCAGCAGUCGUCGAGACGGUUUGUCGAGUCGAAGCCGAUCGUAAGGCCGGAGAUCGUCUACGAGCACGAACAGUACUGUAGAGAAAAGGAAGAAUGCAAAAAGAUCGAGAGGGGUGAUAAAGACACCAAAUAAAUCAAAUUGGUAGUUGAGGCAAA